GAACCUGUUCAAGAUGGGGUGGCUUCACCAGCCGCUCCUGGAACUGGGAAAUCUAAGCUGGAAACAUUGCCCAAGGAAGAUCUCAUCAAGUUUGCCAAGAAGCAGGUGAUGCUAAUACAGAAAGCUAAAUCAAGGUGUACAGAACUGGAGAAAGAAAUUGAAGAACUCAAAUCAAAACCUGUUGCUGCAGGAACUGAUGAUAUUAUUAAGGCAUUGACUGAACGUCUGGAUGCCAUUCUCCUGGAAAAGGCAGAGACUGAGCAACAGUGUCUUGCUUUGAAGAAAGAAAAUGUUAAAAUGAAGCAGGAUGCUGAGGAUUCUGUAAAUAAAGUAGAAGAUCUACAUAAAGAGUUUGAACAAUCACAUAGAAGCUACAUCAAAGAAAUUGAAAAUUUGAAAAAUGAAUUGAUAGUAGUACAUUCUAAACACAGUGAAGAUAAAAAUAACUUGCAAAAGGAACUGGAAGAAGCAAUGAACAAACAAUUAGAACUUUCAGAACAACUUAAAUUUCAGAGUGAGUCUGAAAAUAAUGUUAAAAAACUGCAAGGUGAAAUUCAGAAAAUUAGGCCAGCCUUUGAGCAGCAAAUUUUAGAUCUGCAAAAGCAGUUAGAAGCUACCACUAAUGAGAAGAAGCAAGAAAUUGAUAAUCUCCAAAAAGUCAUUGAGGCUAAUUCUCAGGAUUACCAAAGAGAUAUUAACAGUUUACAAGGAGAACUUUUGCACUUGCAAGCUAUGCACCAAGAAGAGGUGAAAGACUUGAUGUGCCAGAUUGAAGCCUCUGCUAAAGAACAUGAAGCAGAAGUAAAUAAGUUAAAUCAAUUAAAGGAGAACUUAGCGAAACAGUAUGAGGCAAAUGAGAAGAACAUUCAGGAGAAAUAUCAGUGUGAAUUAGAAAACUUAAGGAAAGCCUCACAUGCAGACCAAGAAAAACAGAUGUGUUCUUUGCUCUCACAAGAAGAUGCUAUUGUAGAGCAAGUAGUGAAUGAAAAAGUCAGACACUUAGAACGUACCUUAAAAGAACUGGAAUCUCAACAUAGUAUCUUGAAAGAUGAGGUAACUUACAUGAAUAAUCUUAAAUUAAAACUUGAACUGGAUGCCCAGCAUAUAAAAGAUGAGUUUUUCCAUGAACGUGAAGACUUAGAAUUUAAAAUUAAUGAACUGUUACUAGCUAAAGAAGAACAGGGCUGGCUAAUUGAAAAAUUAAAAUCUGAGCUAGAAUGUUCAAAUAAGCAAUUUAGCUGUAUUGUAGAACAGCAUAACAAAGAAAUACAGAAUCUUAAAGAACAACAUCAAAAGGAAAUAUCAGAACUAAAUGAGAUAUCUGUGUCAGGUUCAGAAAAAGAAAAAUUAACAUUAAUGUUUGAAAUACAGGGUCUUAAGGAACAAUGUGAAAAUCUGCAGCAAGAAAAGCAAGAUGCAAUCUUAAAUUAUGAGAGUUUGCGAGAGAUUAUGGAAAUUUUGCAAACAGAGCUGGGGGAAUCUGCUGGAAAAAUAAGUCAAGAGUUUGAGUCAAUGAAGCAACAGCAAGCAUCUGAUGUUCAUGAACUACAGCAGAAGUUAAGAACUGCUUUUAAUGAAAAAGAUGCUCUUCUUGAAACUGUGAAUUGUCUCCAGGGGGAAAAGGAAAAAUUAUUAUCUCAACAAGAAUUAAUACCAGAACUUGAAAAUACCAUAAAGAACCUUCAAGAAAAGAAUGAAGAGUAUUUCAUUUGUCUCAGUCAGAGAGAUACCAUGUUACAAGAAUUAGAAACAAAGAUAAGUUCUCUGACAGAGGAAAAAGAUGGUUUCAUAAAUAAAAUGGAACAUUCGGUUGAAGAGAUGUAUAACCUCCAUAAAAAAUGUGAAAGAGAAGAAAGACUGAUUACAGAACUUAGGGAGAAAGUAGAGCAAACUACCCAAUACAACAGUGAACUGAAACAAAAAGUAGAUGAGUUAACAGAAGAACUAAGAGAGACUUUAAAAGAAAAGGACCAAAAUGACCAACAACUAGAAAAGCUUAUGGUUCAAAUGAAAACUCUAUGUAAAGAACAGGAAGCAUUGUCAUCUGAAGUGAAGUCACUUAAUGAGGAAAAUAACAAACUACACUCAGAAAAAAUCCAAUUGAGUAGCAAUUUGGAAGCUUUUCUGUCUCAAAAAGAAGGGGAUAUUAGCCUAAAAGAACAGAUUACUGAAUUAGAAAAGAAAUUACAGUUAACAGUUGAAGAGCGAGAUAAUUUAACUAAACAGUUUGAAAGUGAACAACAUCAGAAGUUAUUUGUCAAAACUCAGUUGUAUGGUUUCCUUGAACAAAUGGGGUCAAAAGUCUUGGAAGAGCAAGAUGUUAUAAAUGUCCUACAAGUUGUAGGUGAAUCCUUAGCAAAAAUGAAUGAAGACCAAAACAACUUGGUUUCUCAGUAUGAUGAGAAGAUACUAGAAUUAGAAAAAGAAAUUAAGUGCACUCAGGAAGAGCACAUAGUUCAGUGUAAAGAACUUAGAUCUUUACUAGAAGAGUAUGAGCAAGAGAAGGUGUUAAUAAGGAAAGAGUUAGAAGAAACCCUGUCAGAAAAUGAGGCCCUGCAGUUUGAUCUUCUAGAAAUGAAGAAUGCUAAUGAAAAAACAAGACUUGAAAACCAGGAUCUUUUAAUUCAGAUUGAAGAAGCAUCUCAAAAAUUGUUACAUAGCAAAAAUGAAAUUCAUAAUGAAAAAGAAAAAUCAUGUAUAAAGGAACAGGAAAAGGUAAGGCCAUUACUAGAACAAAAAGAAUCUGAAUUGCAAGGUGUAAGAACAGAAUUGGCAUUACUGAAGGAUUCCUUAGAGAAAUCAUCUUCUGUAAAAAAUGAUCCAACCUUCUCAGUAAAAGAACUGGAAGAAAAAAUAGAAAAUCUGGAAAAGGAAUCCAGAGAAAAAGAGGAAAAAAUAAAUAAGUUAAAGCUAGUUGCUGUGAAAGCAAAGAAAGAACUUGAUUCUAGCAGAAAAGAGACCCAGACUCUAAGGGAGGAACUUGAAUGUGUUCGAUCAGAAAAGGAUCACUUGUCUACUUCCAUGAGGGAUUUCAUUCAAGGAGCAGAAAGCUAUAAGAAUCUUUUAUUAGAAUAUGAUAAGCAGUCAGAGCAGUUGGAUAUGGAAAAAGAACAUGCCAAUAAUUGUGAACAUCAUAUAGAAGAACUUACCAAACAAUUAAGAAAUUCAACUGUUCAGUGUGAACAAUUAAAUUCUGAUAAUGAAGAUCUCCUGGCUCGUAUUGAGACAUUACAGUCUAAUGCCAAAUUAUUAGAAGUACAGAUAUUAGAAGUCCAAAAAGCCAAAGCAGUAGUAGAUAAAGAGUUAGAAGCUGAAAAACUUCAGAAAGAGCAGAAAAUGAAGGAACAUGCCAAUGCUCUGAGUGAACUUGAAGAACUUCAACUACAACUUCAGAAGGAAAAGAAACAGCUUCAGAAAACUAUGCAAGAAUUAGAGCUGGUUAGGAAGGAUGCCCAACAAACCACAUUGAUGAAUAUGGAAAUAGCUGAUUAUGAACGUUUGGUGAAAGAUCUAAAUCAAAAGUUAACUAACAGAAACAGCAAGAUUGAAGAUUUGGAGCAAGAAAUAAAUAUUCAGAAACAGAAACAAGUAACCCUACAAGAAGAAAUGACUUCACUACAGUCUUCAGUGCAACAAUAUGAAGAAAAAAACACCAAAAUCAAGCAAUUGCUUGUGAAAACCAAAAAAGAACUGGCAGAUUCAAAGCAAGUGGAAACUGAUCACUUAAUUCUUCAAGAAUCUUUAAGAGGCGAGUUGGAGGCAAGCCAGCAGCAAGUUGAAGUCUAUAAAAUUCAGCUAGCAGAAAUAACAUCUGAGAAACAUAAAAUUCAUGAGCAUCUGAAGACCUCUGCAGAACAACACCAGCGCACACUGAGUGCUUACCAACAAAAAAUUGCAGCCUUACAAGAGGAGUGCCACACUGCUAAGGCAGAACAAGCGGCUAUAACUUCUGAUUUUGAAAGCUACAAAGUCCGAGUUCAUAAUGUUCUAAAACAACAGAAAAGUAAAUCUGUGUCUCAGGCUGAAACCGAGGGUGCUAAACAAGAAAGGGAGCACCUGGAAAUGCUGAUUGAUCAGCUAAAAAUCAAAUUACAGGAUACUCAGAAUAAUUUACAGAUUGGUGCAUCUGAACUUCAAACAUUACAAUCUGAACAUGAUACUCUGCUGGAAAGGCACAACAAGAUGCUGCAGGAAACUGUGUCCAAAGAGGCAGAACUCCGAGAAAAGUUGUGUUCAAUACAGUCAGAGAACAUGACAAUGAAGUCUGACUAUGCACAGACUGUGAGUCAGCUAACAUCCCAGAACGAGGUCCUUCGCAACAGUUUCCGCGAUCAAGUGCGACGUUUGCAAGAAGAGCACAGAAAGACAGUGGAGACUUUGCAGCAACAGCUUUCCAAGGUUGAAGCUCAGCUCUUCCAGCUUAAGAGCGAACCAGCCACAAGAAGCCCAGCUUCUUCCAACCAACCUUUGAAGAGCCUUCGAGAAAGGAGAAACACAGACCUUCCCCAUCUGGAUAUGCAUGCCAUAACCAGGGAGGAGGGAGAAGGAAUGGAGACAACUGAUAUUGAGUCUGUGUCUUCUACCAGCACUCACACACAGUCUUUAGAGCAGCUUCUUAAUUCUCCUGAAACUAAACUUGAGCCUCCUUUAUGGUAUGCUGAAUUUACCAAAGAAGAAUUGGUUCAGAAACUCAAUUCCACCACAAAAAGUGCUGAUCACUUAAAUGGCCUGCUUCGGGAAACAGAAGCAACCAAUGCAAUCCUUAUGGAACAAAUUAAGCUUCUCAAAAGUGAAAUAAGAAGAUUGGAAAGAAAUCAAGAACGAGAGAAGUCUGUAGCUAACCUGGAAUACUUGAAGAAUGUCUUGCUCCAGUUCAUCUUCCUUAAACCAGGUAGUGAGAGAGAGAGGCUUCUUCCUGUUAUAGAUACAAUGUUGCAACUCAGUCCUGAAGAAAAGGGAAAACUGACUGUAAUUGCUCAAGGUGAGGAAGAAAAUGCUUCCCGUUCUUCAGGAUGGGCAUCCUAUCUGCAUAGUUGGUCUGGACUUCGAUAGAUUGAUGGAAGGAAAUGGGUUAUUUAUUAACUAAAUAGAAUCCACUUGGCAAAAAAAUGAUUCAAGUAUAUUUGUGUCAUCGUUUUGUCAAAAAAUGUGUGUAUAUAUUUAUAUCUACAUAUAUUUGUACAUAUGUAUGACACGUAUAUUGAAAAGUCUCAGCUUGAAGUAUAGCAGUUUGGAGUAUUGAUACCAGUCCCCAGUCCUUUGAUUCAAUACCACAAAGACCAUUUCUGUGAUGUUCCCUAGACGUUGCAGAAUUAAAACAUGAAGAAUGAAUCCAUUCCCCUCUUUCACUGUAACCUCAGGACCCAUCUAUUUCUUGGCAGUACUGUGAAUUUUGAAGUUAAAACUACAUUUCAGUAGUAUAACAACUGAAAUUUAGGCUUUGAAAAUAACAUUACAAG